AUGACGGAUCGUACUUCGACUGAGGCGAAUCGUUUCGAUUACCAUGAAGAGCUGCCAGCCGACAAAGAAAGAGUAUGGAGUCUUCUCCAAUCAUAUAGCCACAUUCCGCGCGACGAAAUUGAGAGCCACCUAAGAGACAUUUAUUUCAACAUCCUAGAAUGCCUCAAAUCUGGAGGUGUCUUGCUUGAUGCAGGGUGUGCUUUCGGCUAUAUUCUUCGACAAAUUGCCAUCGAUGACGCUCCUGCAGCGAAUCUCAUUGGAAUUGAUCUCCAACGGGGCUUCCUCGAUUUAGGCUAUGACCUCUUCAAAGAUCGUGACACAUUUGAAGGCAAAUCUCUAGCCAGCGAUUUACUGAACCCAGACGACCAUUCACUUGAUGUAAUAAACGACACGGUAGAUGUUAGUCAUGCCGCGGCAUUGUUCCAUCUAUUUGAUUGGGAAGACCAGGUGUCUCUGGGCACACGACAGGUGAAAUUCUUUAAGAAAGAUGCAAAACAAGCAAUGAUAGUUGGCAGGCAAAUCGGGACCCUGUAG